UCCUCUCCCUCCUCCUCCUCCUCCUCCUCUCCCUCCUCCUCCUCCUCCUGCAGAAAAACGCGCUGGAUGUGCAUGUUCCAGGAGGGGAGUAACAACCUCCUCCCGGUGUUUUUCUUUCUUUAAAUCUAACGAUGUGAGGUUGCCAGUUUGGAGCUUGUUUCUCCCUUUAAAUCGGACCCUUCACGCAGCGUUUCGCUUCUCUCUUCUUCUCCGUGGAUCUGCCGCCUCUGCGCACGGAAAUAACGGGACUUCGCUGACAACCCGGGCUUCACUUCCUCCAACCUCUGAAGUGUGAACAGACGCUCUCUCACUCUACAGACUUUGAUCAGCGCCGGGCUGCCAGCUUUCAGUCGGACAAGGUGGAUCAUCAGAGGAAUGGACGACACAUCAGUCACUCACCCCACAGAGUCAACAGAAUAAAAACAGCCUGAACUCGACUAUCCAGCAGCAGUCAGAAAUAAUCAGUAACCAUCCUUUUGUGUGGAUUACUCUGCAAACAAAGCACCUCCAUGAGUUUCAUCAGGAUCCUUCAUGAACCCAAUCUUGAGCCUGCAAAGUAGGAACAACAGGGAAUGCAUAUCGGACAUCAGAGAGACAUUUGAACCCUGAUUUUUGUGACGACAUGCUUCUUCCAAAGCGUAGGAAAAUCAGGACUUUAGCGUUGCUUUUUUGCGUCAUUUCAUUCACAACAUUCCUGUUCAGCUACACGUUCCGGGACCCCUCGCUGUACUUCUUCAAGUACGCAUUUCGCCUGUCGGAUACCUUCUUCUCCAAAGGGCUUUGUGCAUGCCAGCGAUGUAUGACAGAGCUGGAAGACGACCCCUGGUUCUCAGAGCGCUUCAAUCAGUCCUUCAGUCCUCUGAUGUCCCGGGAGAACAGCCUCCUCUCUGAUGAAACCUUCAAAUGGUGGCAGUGGUUGCAGUCAGAGAGGCAGCCGGCUAACUUCACUGAAGUGGUGGACGAGUUGUUCCAAGUCAUCCCCGAUGAGAUUCUGUACAUGGACGCCGGGCCAGAACGCUGCAGAACCUGCUCUGUGGUGGGGAACUCUGGGAACCUGAAGGGGUCUCGAUACGGGAACCUCAUCGACUCCAGUGACUUCAUCAUAAGAAUGAACCAGGGUCCCACGUCUGGUUUUGAGGAGGAUGUUGGCUCCAGAACAACACAUCAUGUCAUGUAUCCAGAGAGUGCGAUAGACCUGGAGAACAACACGUGUCUGGUGCUGGUUCCUUUCAAAACUCUAGACCUGCAGUGGAUCAUCAGUGCUCUGACCACAGGAACCAUCAAACACACAUAUACAGCUGUUACAUCAAGGAUAAAGGCAAAUAAAGACAAGGUGUUGAUUUACAGUCCAACAUUUCUCAAAUACGUCUACGAGUCUUGGCUCGAAGGUCACGGACGAUAUCCUUCUACAGGUUUCCUCAGUUUACUGCUCGCUCUGCACAUCUGUGACGAGGUCAAUGUGUUUGGGUUUGGCGCAGACCAGUAUGGAAACUGGCACCACUACUGGGAGGAGAACCAUUUGGCCGGAGCUUUCCGACACACAGGAGUCCACGACGGAGAUUACGAAUAUAAUGUCACCAUGCUGCUGGCAGACAAGCACAAAAUCCAAAUGUUUCACGGCAGAUGAUACAAAGCCAACAUGUGCAGCUUUUCAAUGUUUGACUUUUCAUCGCCUCACUCACGCUGGAAGAAUAUCGUUGUCGUGAUUUCAAAAUACAUUCUCCGAUUAACUUUUCUGGUCCGACCGGUUUCCCUUUCUUUACCUAAGACAACGAUUGAGUAAUGCUACCUAUUGGGAUAGAACAGAACUUCACUCUCUGUGUUUCCAGACAAAGACAACGACAGACAAUUCAGAAGUCACACUGCCAAUGGUUUGUGUAAUUCCUCCGGACAACACAAUGGUGGACAUCAACAAGCAUGCAAACAAGGACUGCUUUUGUACUAUUGUAUAGUAUAAGUCCUCCAACACAGAUUUGUACUAUAAUACGUCACCUGGGCUGGCUAAAAAUAACAUUUAUUGCAUAUGAGGGUACAAACAGUGUAUGAGAACUGCUUGGAGAAUCCACUCUUUUUCCAUUACACUGACAGAUUGGGACAUCAUUCUCAUAAAUGACUUGCAUAUUAGAUUGCAGAUUUUAAAUGUAGUUUAACACAUUACAUGUUACACGCUUUUAUCCAAAGCGACUUACAUACUCAACACUGUGGGAAAUCCCCACACGAGCAAUUUGGGGCGAAGUGUCUCAGGGACACAACGACAUGCUGACUGCAGUGGGGUUUGAACCUGUGCUCCUCUGAUCUGAACACCAACGCCCUAGUCCACUGCGCCACACGCCUCCCUGGCCAUGGGACACUCCAACAUUAAGUCCAAAAUCAGCCCCAAAGAUCGCACUUUUUAGCAUAUUAUGACAUUUACAAAUUGUAGCCAGGGUUUUAGAAGUGCUCACGUCUGAGUCCAUCUACACCGAGACAAAUAAGGUUUAAAGUUAUUCAAAUCAGUCCAAUUUGAUUUAGUCAUUCAUUUGUUUAAUAUUAUUCCCUGUACAUAUCUCAACAUAGAGAAAUGUAUGUUUCAAAGCCACUUGAAAUGUCAUUCUGUUAGGGUUAGGGUUAGGAAAUACCAAAUACUCUCCUUACCUUUCAGUUGUUCUACACCAGACCAUGCAAACUGUAGAUGGAAAACUAGAAUAACAUUUUAUUAACUAUUUAAAUGUGAGCAGGCAAUGACUAAAACACAUCUUCAGGGGAUGAUUGUUGGAGCGUUUUCUUUGGCCUGCAGUAAAUGUCAGAGAAAGAGUCUUUCUAAAGUGAAGCCAUCGAUGAGGUUUUUAAUCACUCAGUGUUAUGAAGAAAAAGGAUUGAGGUGUCAAGGUGUUUAUCUUGGAAAUGUGACAGAAAUACAGCCUAUACAGGGGUGCCUUAUUAUGAAAAAUCAAUUGUACAUUUUUUAUAUCAAUGUGACAUAUAUUAUUCAUAAAAAAAGUAGGUGUUAAGUGCCUUCUAAUGGGAGAAUUUAAAGACUUAAUGUUCUCCAUCAAAUUGUACUUUAUUGUAAUAUUAAUCAGUCGUUUAACUACAUUUGUUUUGUUUAUACUAUUGUAUUUGUCAAGUAUCAUAUGCCUGAUACAAACAUUAACCAUAUUGUCAGUAAGUUUGUCUUAAAGUCUUGCACUUUCACAGCUAUGUUUUGACGUUGUGAGCUGCAGUCGCUGAACUUGAUGUAACUGUGAGAAAGCUUUGUGACGAUGUGUUAUCAAUUUCACCAAAAGAUAA